CUAUAAUAUCAUUAGAUCACCUACACCCGUUUAUCAUUAAAUAUUAUUUGAUUAUUGUACUGUCGCCGGCGGCGUAAACAUGAGUUACACGAUCGACACGAACUUGGAACCCGGCCGAAUACCUGAUCGUUUCCUGGCCGACACUUCCGACUUCCUGUGUGCGCUAUUCAACCGACCCAAAAAGGUAAUGCGUAACACAUUGUUAUGUAGUUUGACAUCAAAUUAUCUCGAUCACGUCGCAUGGCUGAGACUUUCGCCGAACGACGGAUUUUUACAAAAUCGUCUUCCGACCGAUCGAUUUCUAAUUCCGCGACAACACCGCCGCAGUCCACCGUGUAUCACGGUCUACGUAUGUUAUUACGGACCGGUUUAAGUCGACUUGAACGCGUUAACAUUUCUGUUAACAAUGACUAUUGCUAACUUAGUUAAACAGAAGAAAGAAAAAAAAUAAAUACGAUUGAUCCGAUAGACCGAUUCACCUCUAAAUAUUUUUUUCGCUUAUCGGCACGGACUUAUUCCGGAAAUCACUGAUCCAAAGAGUAGUAAACAAUAUUCUAGUCGAUCGGGAAAAAUAUCCCGGGACCGAAAGGAGCAUUUAGAGGUGUUUCUAAAUGUUAAAAACAAUUAUACUAAACGUUUUCACUAAAUUAUACAAACAUCAGUUCUCUCUAAACGCUUUCCGGCUAUUUUCAAGUCAUUUGAAAUGUUCGAGUUUUUAUUUAGCGUUUUGUAGAUAAUGCCGUUUUGACCGAGCACAAAAUAUUAAAAACAAUUCAUUUAUUUUUGAAAAAUAGUAUAGUGAAACGAUCGAAUCAUUAUCACCUGCAUAUCUCUCGUAAUCUAAUUUGUGUAAAACACACUGUAUUCUGUUUUAUUAUUUUUUUACCCAACAAAUACAAAUUUAAUGCACAAAUCAGAUCCUUUAAAACAAUCAAGACCGUUUAUUUAGAGCGAACCAUUACUUUAGGAUGCUAAUUAUCCGUAUAUAUAUUUCAGGAGGUUGAGCUUGUAUCAGGUUUCAAAUGACGUUUCAAAUUUCGAGUGAUUUCAGUGAUUUAUAUGAUUUUAUCGGAUGGUUUUCUUUUGGGUAUUGCGCGCCUACACGUCUUAUUAUACAUCAGCACGGGUGAGCCCAAAGUAGAAACACGGCAUCGCGUGCGGACCCGAAACGAAAUAGAAAAGAUAAGACGAAUGUAUAAUUUCGACAUAAAAUUGCAUCAGCCGACCUAGACAAAUUGAUUCCGGGAGAUUCGAGACAUUGUCGCAAUGGAAUAACGCAGAUAGCCGUGACUAUGAACAACGGGUCGCGGGGGUCCCUCCGAGCAUAUAUAACGCCGCCCGAAACAUCGUCUAACCAGACGAGUCCACCACGAUCGAAUGCGAACAAUUUCGCGUCACUCUAUUUAUUGUUAUUUGGACUUAGUAUAUUUUGUGAAGAUUAUUAUUAUUGGACUUGUAUUUUUAUUGAAAAUAUUAAUCUAUAAUUAAAACCCAAGUUGCCGUUUUGAUUUGUUUCAAUGUUUUUUCCUCUCAGUAUCCGUCCUUACGUCGAGCCCGUUACAUGGGUAUACUCCGGAAUACGAAGCAACAAUGCAUUUACAAUGUAUCAUGUGCGCAGUCACAACCAUUGGACGUAGUCAGGAUUUAUCAGCGGUGAGGGGCCAGGGGGAAUCUAGGAGGUUUUAGACAUCUAAAACCUUCUUAAACUUACAUUUACUAAAAAAAAAAAAGAAAAAAAAGUAGGGACGGGGUUACAACACUCACAUUGGUUAUGCCACUGCUCUUCCGCGUCAUCUCCGUCGCGGUAUCGUCUAUUUUUAUUUGUAAUACAAAAGUUAUAUUAGUUUUCACAGAUAACCGCAAUUAUUGAUGUCAUGCUUUCGAACAGGUGAUUAUGGGCCAAUUGCGCGCCGGUCAAGUGUUCGACUUUUCCGGGUCAGCGGACCCCUGUGUGGUGAUGCACCUGACCAGAGGGUCGCAAAAGCCGGGAACAGUAUCCGAAGAAGCGGUCGAAAAAUACGUGGCGGCCAUCAGUGAACACGUGGAACGAUCGUUGGGGGUGCCUAGGUCGAGGUAACGACCGCAAUCAAACUUUCUUAAAGUUAAAAACUUCUAUAUGAAACGGGGAUAAACGAUGUUUCGUAUAUAUAUACAUUGAAAUAUCAAUAAAACUUGAAAACUGAGUUAAAUUUAAUAGGUACUGUUUACUACUUUUCACUAAAGCGAUAUUAUUGUGGCAUCAUAUUAUUGCUUGUAAAAUAUAAUUUUCAUUCCUCCGGGUUUCAAAAAGUAUUUUUUUUUUUUUAAUAGAAGACUCGUGCACUAUAUAUAUAUAUUACUAUAUAACAGAAAUAUAAUAUAUAUUGGGGCUACUUACCGAUUUCAGUGGUUUGUCAUUAAACCAUUUUUAAACACGCAUCGGAGCGUUUCACGGAGAUCUGAAACAUUUUUCAAAAUGCAAUAACUUUUGUUCUGUAGUUGUUUUUUUAUUUCGAAUAGCAUUCAUAUUGCUAACCACUAUUCAAGACGCACGGAUUGAUAGAUUUUUUUUCAUCUAAUUUCAGGUUAUCAGAUUAAUAUUAAGGAACAUAGGGGGAUAGACUUACAAACUAUUGCCGCUCUUGCUGCUCGAACUUGUAUUUCACGAGACAUAUGUACAGGAGCGGAUUGAAAACUUAAUACAGAUUGGAAAAUUGCAAUUUAUCCAGGACAUCCAAUAAAAUACAUACCAAAUAUAGUUUUAAUCCUACAAUCGAUUUAAGUGUCUUAAUAUGGACCCAGACAAAUACAAAAAAUAUUUUCAAUAAUAGUUUUCUUACAUGUACAAAAAAAGGUUUCAGCAAUUAAAUAAAUUAAUAUUACUUUUAAUUUUUAGUAGUUACAAAUUAUUUUGAGCAAUAUUUUGAUGAAUUGGUUAAAUUUAAGUUUAAGAGUUUAAUUCAACGUAAUAUCCAUAGUAAAGAGUGUUAGUUAAUAUUUAAUGAAUUUUAGAUAUUGAGCAAAGUUCAAGUUAGUUUUACUAUGAUGUGUAAUUUAUAUAUUUUUUUCUGUCUAUAAAAAAGUUUCCACUUUGUAUUAACUUCGGGAGUGGUAUUUAGUAGCCGAUUUUGUCUAGUUGGUGCAUUAGAGAGGUCAUUUUUUUAUUAUCCUUACAGAUACUUAUCUUGAUUAUGAGGGAAAAUCGAUAAAGAACGUCAGAAUAUUUACGGAACAACGAUUUUAGUUAAAAUUGAUUUCGUUUUGUUAUUGUAAUUCUAUUUAAAAACAACAAAACUAUUGCGAGUUUAUUAAAGAAACAGUUAAUUGUCUACCUUAAUAAAAAUCUGAUUUUGAUGAAUUUAAUAAAGAUUCAACAAUCAAUAAAUCGUUAGUAUUUUAGUUUUUGAUAUUUAGUAUUAAUUAAUAAUGUUCAAUUACUUUUAUUAUUUCACAUUUCUGUACGUUUCAAUACCUAUAACACAGUCAUUUAAUUUCUGUUAUAUAAUAUUUUGCUAUUUUGUAUUCAUUGCUUACUCAUAAAUUGUUUCAAAAUGAUAGAUACAUUAUUAAUAAUUGUACAAUAAUUUCAUAGACUAUCGAAAUACUUAAUGUAAAAAAACGAUUUUAAAUAGUACGAACAGUACCUAAGUAAUAUAUUAAAUAAAAUUACCAGGCCAUCAGGUCAAAACACAGUCUUGGCCAUCUGAAAAAUUCCCAUUUCCAGACUGGGUACUCCGCUUGUGUACCUAUAUGGAUAUAAAGUGUUGAUACUUAACAAAACGGAAUUUUCUUCUGAUGAUAGCGUAAUCAAUUCUCUGGUGGGUAAUGGUGGCUUUGAUAUCAGUUACACAAAUUAAUGCAUCGAAUAAUAAUUACCAUUUUAAUCCCGUUUGAAUAAUUAAAUCGAACAGCGUGUUAAUUAGAAUUGGUCGUUAAAUAUAAAAAAAAAAAAUUCUCCUACAAAAAGUUUGAAGAUGUUGACUGCGGUAAAUGAAUUGGACAUCGUGUCACGUACUUGAGUUUUUUGAGUGGCAAAUCUAAACUAUUUGAUUAUGAAUGAGAGAAGGUGGAAAUGACGGUCAUUCUGGUCACCCUUACACUUCGAUUACUGACAAAAUUAUUGUAAAAUUGGCAAAAUUUUCCGAAAUCAUUGACUUCUCAGUAUUCGCAUGAUUACAGACAUGAUAAAUAUUGACAAAUUUUACAAGAAAAGUUUAACAAGAACGCCAUGAAAUAUGUGCGCAAAUGAUACAAAUCUCAUUUAAGAAUAAAAAGAUAAUCGAAGAAAAAUUAGAUCUGACACCUUGAAAACGAAAAACUUCAUCAUUUUCUGUAGGUAAAAUAUUUUUUACAUUCAACGACACAUUUUAGACUGUAUGAAUUUAAAAUUUACGUUCGGUGUUUUAAUUAGGCAUAAUUUCGGUAAUAUCCUACGAUAGCAUGCACUUGAAUCAACUCGCGAACGCGAAUUAAUCGACUAAUAGGGAGUGCAAAAUUGUAUUAUUCGAUGGAUUGGCUUGUGUAGUUGAUAACUACGGCACUACAUCAUUACGCACCAGAGAUUUGCAGAUUACGUUAUUAUCAAAAGAAAAUCCCGUUUUCUUAUAGCCACUCUUUAUUGUAUUAAAAUUGCGAAUUUCGCACGUUUUCAGACUUAUGAUAUUCUAUCACGAACACGACUUGGCGCUGAUCGGCAACGACGGCAAAACACUGAAACGCAUAUGGUCCGAAAUCGGCACGUUUCCAUCUGACUGAAAACGUACAGUCACAAACUCUAUUCAACUUUAUGUAAUGUAAUACGUAUGCAGUGUCAAAAACGCAAAAUAUAACAAUACCACUGAAACACGAUAUGAUACUUGUUAUAUAUAUAUAUGUAUUGUACCGAUUUUUUUUUCAUAAUUUUUAUUCGAUCUAUUUGGUACAAAAUAUUACAGACCUAUAUGGACAUAAUAAUAUUAUAAUAAUCAUAUAAUAAUAAUCGUAAUAAUCAAUAAUAUUAAUAAUCAAUAAAAAUAAUAAAUUAAUAAUGUAUAUAUUUUUUUUUUUAAAUUUUAUUUUUUAUUUUUACUUGAUAAACACACGAAUACGUAUAUAAUAUAAUGCAUAUUAUAGGUACCUACGCCCGCACGCGUGUGCAGUCCAUUCGCGUGACGGACUCGACUAUUUUAUGUAAUACGCCGAUGCGUGGGAGACGAAACAAAAAUGGUCCUCCAUCAGGCACUACGGUCGAAACCCGUUUUUGAACAAAAAUCUGUUAUUUGUUUAUUUAUUAUUAUUAUUAUUAUUAUUAUUUUUUUUUUUGAAAAUCGAGGGCUCGAAAAACACUGAAGCGCACACGCGCACGACCUGAGUGAUUAUAAUAUAAAACAUAUAGGUAAUAAUAAUGCUAAUAAUUAAAUAGUGAUAGGCUCGCGAAAGAUAUAACUGCGUUGUAUUUUUUUUAAAGGACGCAUUUUACGCUAUACAGGUAUAUUGUAUAAUAUACGGUUUAAAGCGUUUUGUUGUUUUUGUUUUUUUUAACGGGAAGAGACGUAUCAUAAUAAUCACUAUCGUUUAUACGUACAUAAUAUUGUUAUAAUAGAAAUAUAUAUAUAUAUAUAUGUCGAGAUUUGAAACGAAAACGAAUAGUAAAAUACUAUGUAGGAAAUUUGGACAAAAAUUGGGGACCCUGAAUUUACCAAGCUUAUAAAAAAAUUAUUAUAUAAUAGUAUAGACAGUCAAACAUGAUGGUUUUAAUAUCUUUUUUUUUUUUGGUUUUUUAAUUUUUACAUUUAGAAAAAUCGAACGAUCUUUGGGAUGGAUAAGAGGGGGUGGGGAUCGAGGAGGGUGGAAAUUUGUACAGUUUAUUCAGCGAAAAAUGAUUGACUAUACAGUGUAGUUAAACAUUAUAACACCGAUACACACACGCUAACGGUACAAUAAUAAUAAUAAUAAACAAACGUUAUCAUUAUUAAUUAUAUAAUAUUAUUAUAUACAUAAUAUAAUAUAUAAGUGUAAUACAGACAAAGGUAACGUAGUAGUUAUAUUAUUCUGAAAGUAUAUAAUAGUAUACACCUAUUUCUAAACAACAUUAUCUAUUAUCAUAUAAUAGGUAUAAAUGAUAACAGACUAAAUUAUUAUUAUUAAAUCGGAAGAGAAAUGCCGAGUGAAUUGACAAGUAGAACCGCGAUCGUUGAAAUUUUCGUUUAGAACAUAAUAUUAUAAUAGUUUAAUGAACCUGACCUGAGGAAACGAGGAUCGCGUGAGGCGUGAUGCGAACGGACGGAAGGUAAACGUUCGGUACAGUUCGAAAAUAUCGGAGAAAUGCUUUCGCGGAGGGUAAAAAGUUACAAAAUUAUAAAGUGUGUGGCGCGCAUCGCGUUGUCGGUUUUCAUAAUAAAUGUUCUAAAAACGAACGGAAAAUGAGGGGGGAAAGUGUCAGAAAAAAAAAGAAAAGAAUUUAAAUUUAAAAAGAAUUCCGAUGACGUUCAUUUCCGCAAAAGAGAGCGGGUGAUUAGUUGAAACUCGUGCAAUAGUAUUAUGUAUAGGUUAGGUUAUUUCGUCACGCGGUAUAAUUACAUUGUAUUUAGUCAGGUUAGGUUCAUUUUCGGGGAGGGGUGAAGACGUAUAAUAUUCUGUUUACAAUAAUAACGUUAUACUUAAAAUUAUAAUAUAAUAAUAUGUCCAAAGAUACACGGUUAUUAUUAUAAUUAAUAAUAUUACACUAUUAAUUUUACGACAAUUUUUUUUUUUUUUGGUAUUAUCGCCGUACAUUUUGUAUAAUACGUAACGUAAUUUUUAUUAUUAUUAUUAUUAUUUUUUUAGUUUUUAAACAGCUACAACAUCGAUAAAAUAUUAUUAAAAAUAAUGACUAAACGAGAAAGAUAUAAUAUUAUUAGAAAAAUCAAAAAGAUGAAUUUUAUUAUAUUAUUAUCAUAUUAUAAUACUACGACACGAAAACACGGUUUAAACAAAUUAAAAUUAAAAAAAAAAAAAAACCAAACGAACAGCAAAUUCUCUCUCCGAAACAACACGAAACUAAAAUAUUAAUAAUACGUUUCUAAAUGUAUAUAACAACAAAAUUACAUCGAAAUAUAAUUAAUAUAUAUAUUAAUAAUAAAGUGUUUUUUUUUUUCGUGUUACAUUACAUCCGUUACAAUAAUAAUAGUACACAUAAUAAUAAUCGAUAUUAUAAAUAACUACAUCAUGUAAAUGAGAUUAAAGGAAUUUGCAAUUAAUAAAUUAUACAUUUUGUAAUUUUUUUUUUUGUUUUUUAGUAUUUAUCUUUAUAUUAUAUAGGUACGUAUAUAUUAUCGUUAUUAUUUUUAUAUUUUUUUUUUUUUUUACACAGACUGAAAAUUUUUUUUUUUUUGAAAAAAGCGGAUAGUUUCCGUAGAUGCAUUACACACACAAAUAAUAAUAAUAUAAUAUUAUACACGUGGAACAUCACACACAAAUACACACACGUUACGGUUUGUUGGGAGGAAGGGGAGCAAGGGGUUUGGCAAGGGGCGUAAAGGGGGGUAUUGGGGAAUGCGACGACUCGACGCCGUUCUUUAUAAAAUAUAUAUAUAUAUAUUAUAUUAUAUAUUAUAUUAUAUUAUAUUUUUGGUUUUAUUCAUUUGGUUCUCCACCAGGAGUUGACCUUUUCGCCCAGUUUGCGACACCAGCCGACCAGUUUGCGUCACAUUGCUGCCACCGAGUCUUCGUCGCCUUCUUCCAGCGUCACAUGGAAUCUGAUGUUCGGGUCUUGAUCGCCGGCCGACGGUUUGGAAUCGUCGUCUCCGCUAUCCCGGUCUUCGGACUCGUUGUUCGGUGGGCUGGGCGGGAUCAUACCUGUGGCGAACAAAAACCACGUUAGGUUAAGUUAGAUUUUAUUGGGUCGGGUUCGUUAUAGUGAUACCCAGCAAACCGAUUGUCAAGAAAUACUAGAACGAGCAUCUCCAAGCCUCUAAUCCCCCCUAAAAAUGUUUCAUAGUUGUAUAGGUCGGAAAAACGAAUUUAACGACAUUAAAAUACUCUACUUUUUCAUACGAAAUAUACCAGACUCGUACAGCAAACUUUUAAACAAAUCAUCGAAUGUUUAACUUUAACAUUUGAUUAAAGAUUUUAUAUUAUAUUUAGAAAUAAAUCCACAGACUUGGUGUAAGUCUCCAAAUAAUUUUGUAUAUCGUAUAUCCAAGUUGCACGUGUGCGUGACGUAAAACGCACUUACUUUGAUACCAAUCCCGGUUUUCUUCGAGUGUGUCGAGUAUUUCCUGGGCGUCCGGAUGUACCAAAUCUGCCCACGUUUCCCACAGUGGAUGCACGAUGUAGUCGAUGAACCCGACCUGAAAAUUUCCAAUUAAUAAUGUUAUAAUUCAGUAUACUGGGCUAAAACUAAUAGAGUUUACCUGUGAUUUUUCGAUAGUAGCACUGUGUCUGUCACACAUCGGACUGAUGUCCAGGUUUUGUUCUCGCUCUUUGUCACCCUGCUGGAAGAACUCCUCCAUCAAAAGGUCAACCCAACGCUUGUAUAGUUCCAGCGGUUUGGUUGGGUUGCUCAAGUCGGCACAGUGUACCAAGUUUUGCAAUACCUAUAU